GAUAGAUCGACAUGCUUGUUUGUUGACAUUCGCUUAAACUCAAGUUUCUGUUCAUUUUGAGUAUAUACUGCCGACAACCAUGUCGAGACUCAUCGUAAAAAACCUUCCCAAUGGGAUGAAGGAGGAACGGUUCCGAGGGAUGUUUGCUGCAUUUGGGACCCUGACAGACUGCUCUCUGAAGUUUACUAAGGAUGGCAAGUUUCGUAAGUUCGGUUUUGUCGGUUUCAAAACUGAGGAAGAUGCGGACAGGGCGAUGAAACAUUUCAACAAGAGCUUCGUAGACACAUCUCGAGUGACGGUGGAGAUGUGCAAGGCCUUUGGAGACCCCACUAAAGCAAAAGCUUGGAGCAAAUACACCCAGAGGUCAGACCCAAGCUUAUCCACUGAUCCAGCUGAAAAAGAAACCAAGAAGAAAAAGAAUCAGAAAAAAGAUGACACCAGUGUUCUGGGCAAACUUGAGGAGGACCAGGCUUUCAAGGAGUUUAUGUCAGUGCACCAGAACCGCAGUCAAGUGCCUAUCUGGGCCAAUGAUGCAAUGCAAUUGGCUGUCCCUGGCACUGGAGAGGAAAAGACUCAGACAAAGAAGAAACCUGCCUCUGAUGAUUACCUAAAUUUUGAUUCAGACCAAUCUGAAGAUGAGGAUGAUAGUGAAGAUACAGAUGCCCCCAAAGACGCUCUUAAAUCUGAAUUGUCUGAUAUGGAGUAUCUGCGCUCCAAAAUGGCCCAGACAAAGAGCAACUUGGCGCAGAGUGUAGAAACACAUAAAGAUGAAGAUAUCGAUGAUGAUGAUGAAGAGGAUGAAUGCGGUACUGUGCUUCAGGCAGACAGUGCCUAUGACAGUGGAGAUAAAGACAACACCCCAAAGGCCGAAACUUCAAUCUCCUCUAUGAAUAAGAAACAAAGCAAAACCAAUAAAACUGCCAAACAGGAGAUUGAGCCUACCACAGAUUUCACAGUGAAACUAAGAGGAGCCCCUUUCAAUGUCAAAGAGCAACAAGUACGAGAGUUCAUGACACCACUGAAGCCUGCAGCCAUCAGAAUUGGAAAGAAUGAAAGUGGUAACAGAACAGGUUAUGUAUAUGUGGACCUGCACUCAGAGGAAGAAGUGGAAAAGGCCUUAAAAAAGAAUAAAGAUUACAUGGGGGGGCGCUACAUUGAAGUAUUCCGUGUGGAUGCAUGGAAAGGCCGGAGGGACAGACAGGAAAAGGAAAUUGACAGGAACUUCACCAGGAAGCUGAAGGAGGAUGAGGAAGAGGAAGAUGUGUCAGAGUCAGGGCGACUUUUCAUCAGAAACCUUCCUUACACGUGCACUGAGGAGGAGAUCAAAGACCUUUUUACCAAACAUGGUCCCUUAUCUGAAGUGCUCUCCCCCAUUGACAACCUAACCAAGAAGUCUAAAGGAUUUGCCUUUGUCACAUACAUGAUUCCAGAGAAUGCUGUAACAGCUCUGGCUCAGUUAGAUGGACACAUCUUUCAGGGCAGGAUGCUUCACCUGCUACCCUCCACUGUGAAGAAAGAAACUGAAUCCUCAGACUCGGUUGGCCCUGGCUCCUCGUCUUAUAAACGGCAAAGAGAUGCUAAAAGCAAAGCUGCAAGCUCUAGCUCCCACAACUGGAAUACCCUAUUUUUGGGCACAAGUGCAGUGGCAGAUACCAUUGCUGAGAAAUACAACACCACCAAAAGCAAAGUUCUGGACCAUGAGUCAAAGGGUAGUGUUGCUGUGAGGAUGGCUCUAGGAGAGACCCAGAUUGUCCAGGAGACUCGCCAAUUCUUACUGGACAACAGUGUGUGUCUGGAUUCCUUCAGCCAAGCAGCAGCUGCAAGGAGCACAAGUGUGAUCUUGGUGAAAAAUCUUCCAGCAGGGGUGACUGCGUCAGAGCUGGAGGCCCUAUUCUCACCCCAUGGCUCUUUGGGCCGAGUUCUGCUGCCUCCCUCCGGACUCACUGCCAUCAUAGAGUUCCUGGAACCAACUGAAGCUAAACGGGCCUUCACCAGGCUGGCCUACAGCAAGUUCCAUCACAUCCCGCUGUAUUUGGAGUGGGCCCCUGUAGGUGUGUUUACAACAGCCAAACCCAACUCAGAUCUGUCCAACCCCGAAACCCAAGCAACAGCAAAAGAUGGGGUAGUGGGGGAGGUGAGCAAAGAAGAAGAGGAUGAUGAAGAGGAUGGUGAAGAGGAUGUUCCUGGUGCAACACUCUUCAUAAAGAACCUUAAUUUCAGCACUACAGAGGAGAAACUAAGAGAGACAUUCUCCAAAUGUGGCAUGGUGAAGACCUGCACCAUCUCCAAGAAGAAAGAUAGAACAGGGAAGCUGUUGUCCAUGGGCUAUGGUUUUAUCCAAUAUCAAACUGCUGAAGCAGCAAAGAAGGCCAUGAAGCAGCUACAGCAUUGUAGUGUUGAUGAUCACGAGUUAGAGCUGAAGAUUUCUGAGAAAGCCACACGUUCUGUUGAAAUAUCACACAAGAAAAGGCAAGCUGAAAAGAAGCAGACGGGAUCCAAGAUCCUUGUGCGCAAUGUCCCCUUCCAAGCUUCCGUCAGGGAAAUUCGAGAGCUCUUUUGUACGUUUGGAGAGCUGAAGACGGUUCGUCUUCCAAAGAAAGCCACUGGGUCAGGGAAUCAUAGGGGGUUCGGCUUCAUCGACUUCCUCACCAAACAGGAUGCCAAAAAAGCAUUCGCUGCACUGUGUCACAGCACUCAUCUGUAUGGGAGACGCCUCGUUCUGGAGUGGGCUGACACUGAAGACACAGUGGAGACGUUGAGGCGGAAAACAGCUGAGCAUUUUCAUGUGGUUCCCAAAAAACAACGAAAGGCAGAGAUGUUGGGGGAGAUUCUGGAGAAAAUGGAAACUGCAGGGGUUGAUGAGAACUGACGCCUCUAAACCUUGUUCCACUGUCAUGAUCUUCAGACAACCUAUAACAGAGCUACUCUCUCAUUCCGUGUUGACAUGACGAAGCACAGGAUAUACUAUAUGGACCUGGAAUAGAAUAUGCAGGAACAAACUGAAAUGUAUUUAUAAAACAGCUAAAGGGCUGUUAUAAAACUUCUGUCACCUCUUGAAUCUCCUCUCUGAUUGCUGAUUUUUGGCACAGUGUUUUGCACUGAAGAGAGAAAAUGGACUGUGAUAUUUUUUAACACAAUAUAAUUUUAUGCUUUACAGUAUGGUUUAUUUCGACUGUCAUUUUAAUACUUACAGUUGUAAACCACUUAAGGUUAUCCGUUGAGAUGGACAAGGCACUGUAGGAGGAGAGAAUGCUAUGUGACAUGGAUAUUAAACUGACAAAGAGAAG